AUGGCUGAGCACCGUGAUCGGUCAGCUGGUGAUGUUCCACCACAGCUUCCGUUAUCUCGGCGCAGGUCGCUUUUCGAACCGAAGCACAUCGAUCACCACCACGAUAGCCCUAAUUCUCCUCGUCUAUCCUCCGAAUACGUCUACAGCGACGAAAAAGAAAUUUCCGACGCCAUCGUAGUGCCAACGCCAAGCGGAGAUUCCCGGGGCUACGAAACCAUGUUCCAAAUGGGCCCCCUCAUGGAAGAAGGGCUAGCAGCCAACAUCGCGAUGUUCAUUCCGACAGGCAGCUGCGGUAGCAGUCCAGCAUUGACGGCGCAUUGUUGCAACAAGAGACGGGAAUGCAAGAAGGUAGACUCCGCAUGGUGGCGCAACCAGGUGCUAUCGGACCCGUCCUCGAAUCGUCCGCGACAUUUGCCGUCAAGACCUUUGAGCGAGACAACGUCCACCGCGGAAACUACUCAAAGUCACCGAAGGGCCGUCUCGCUCGACACCGUUGAUAGCAGCGGACAUACAUCCAACUGGCCGGGAAAACCAGGGCCAGCAGUCAUGCUCAACCAGCCACAAUAUCCUCCGCCGGAAAGGAUCCCCACGCCCCCAGGGUUGCCAUCUUUUAACACGCCCGAGGCAGUAUAUUUCUCAGCCCAGUUCCUUACCGGUCAGAACGCCGAACGCUUUUAUGCGCAGCGGGAUGUGCCUGGAACCGAACAGCGCUCCACUUCGUACAGUGACGCCUUUCGCAGGCUCUUUGGCCUGCCGUCUUCAUUGGAUACAAGAAUACACACUCAAUCAGAUGGCAGAAUUGGACGAGUUGAUGGCACGGCUAUAGUCUACGGCCGAUUCCCUUAUCGACAAAGCGGGCACAACUCGACCAUGGCUCGGCAAAUACAUGAUCACCCCUUCUAUCAGAAUGAUCUCCCUCUCGCGGAAACCGGGGAUGAAGCUGGAACAGAAGCUGCGAGUACAAAGGACGCCAAUGUUCGCUCUCAAAGAGGUGCUUGGGGCUACGUGCCUCCUUCCAUGCAGCAAUUAUGGCCGUUUGCAGGCGGACAUUUGUCGUCUACACCGGAAUCUACUGCUACAUCGCAACUUGGAAUAUCAGACAGGGCCCAUUCUUUCUUCGGGGUAUCCCUAGGUCCUUCCAGCCGUUCGGAUAGGUCCAGUGGGGCACCACCUACCAACCGCCAGGGCAUAGGGGCUGUAGGAAACCACGCUCCUCCGGACCACUCUCGACUUCGACCCGUCCAAACCAACGACUCCGACGAGGAGGUACUUCUCGAGGGGCCAUAUUCGGCCUUCGGCAUUCUCUCCUGGUUGCCCGUGCAGAUGUACCUCUGCUGCUUACUGCGCGUCUGUCCUCUUUCGCAAACCGAUAGUGAUAUGGAAGCACUCGAAACUACCCCGUCCCGCGAUACGUACGUGACUGCACGGAGUCGGCCCUCGAAUUCUGCGCCCCAGCCUACAGAGGUGCGAGAGGAGGUGCGGCGUUUCGGACAGAUGGAGUUUCCAAACUGGGUUGCUGAUACUUUGGGACGGCGUCCGCCUUAUACAUCUUCUCGAGCGUCGAUUUCUGUUCAGUCAAAUGGAUGA